AUGACUGCAUUGGACCUUGAUUGGUUGGAGGGAGGGAAUGCCACAGCACACGAGAGACCGAGAUUGAGAAAAAGCCCUGCGCCGACCAAAUCCGCCCGAGCUCGUCAACGUCCUCGCAAUGUCAAUGGCCGCUUGCUGUGUAAGAUUGGAAGCCCAACGGCAAGUGCAAGUCCUGCAAGUGCUGCAAGUGCUGCAAGUGCUGCAAGUGCUGCAAGUGCUGCAAGUGCGAGUGGGCCGCAGCUCUCGGAGAACGGCCUCCGACGCGUUGUUUCUCGAAAGACACUCGCAGAAGCCGUUGCUGCUGGGUCUUGGCAGGUAGCAACUUGGCGAGGUACCGGUACGAUGCAAUCCGUACACUACGCGGCCAUGCGGUCCGCUGAAAUGGGUCGGCAUUUCCGGACGUGUGCAUUGGCAAAAGCAGCGGAAGACCGUGCGCGAGCUGUGGAGUGGGCAAGAAGGCCACGCAGAUGUGAAGACAAAGUGCGAGGGGUGCAACAGCAGACCGGGGGCAACGAGAUGGAGGUGAAAGCUCCAACCUGUCCUACGUGCAACGCAGCCCUGCCCGACUGCGAUUGUGUGCCAUUUGUGCAGCGAAGCACAAGUGUGCCGCCGGCGGAGAGGGAGAGAACUGAGAGAAACAGCCAGGAGACAUCAGUUUCGAAGCAAGCCUCGCUGCAGUUAGCAACUAGGAGAGCCUCUUUGGCCAGGCGUAUAUCUCUUGCUGGGCGCCGGAUGUCAGCUGACAUGGAGCUUGCUGUGGUCCACAAAACAACGUCAGAGCGCCGUAAAAGUGCGGACAAGCACAAGAAGGUCCCCACACUCAGCAGGCUCCAAAGGUUGGUUCAAGCUAAGCAGAUGGAGUUUGAGGCAUUGCCGGAAGACAAGAAGGGCAAGCUACGCAGCGCCUUUGACCGUGCCGUAGCAGUCGGCCAGACAGGCCUUGGACCGUCACAGCUGCGGCAAGCCUUGGGUGAUCUUGGUCUGGCUGGGCGACAAAACCAUGAGAAGGAGGCUGUCCAGGAAGUUGUUCGAGAGUCUAUCGCAGCUGGAUUGGUUGAGUUUCUGGAGUUUGUCUUUCAGAUCGUUCCCAAGGUGGAGCAGAAACUCUUCGAGGCCAAGUCGCCAAAAUUGCUUGGACUCUUCAACCAGAUGGAUGUUGCCAUGACUGGUAGCUUGUCCUGUGCCGACUGCAUUGAAGCUUUGCGGCGACACGCUGACUCCUUCAUCACCGUUCUCGAUGGAGACAUUAUGGAGCAGUUUUGGCCAGUCUUUCUAAAGGAGUUGGCACAGCAGCACAAGGUUUCCAAGCACAGUGACGACACCAUCGACUUCACGCACUUCCAGCGAUUUGCAUCUGAGGUCGAGGUGAAGCUCUUUGCGUUCCAGGGUCAAAUGGAAGAGCGAGCUGCGCGAUCGGCGGGUCUUCCACCAGCGCUGGAGUCCGCCCACUUUGGGGAAAUCUCGGUUAUGAUGCGAUACUUUCAUCGCUAUGAAAAGCACCAGCGUGGAUUGUUGGGCACGCAGGAACUGGUGAUGGCCCUCAUGGACUCUGGUACAUUACCUACGGUUGGAAGGCUACACACGACAACAGUGAGCAACUUCGCAACUCGAAUCAACAAGCUUGCCGUCUACAGAUUUUCGGAAUUCCUGGAACAGGUAGACAGCUUGCGGCGAGAAGAGAGAUCACAACGAGAAGCUGCCUUCAGAUCAUGGUACACCAUUCACAAGUGGCAAGAUGACAAAGCCAUUGCUACAACUGAUAUGCCACAGCUCAUCAUGGACUUGUCGUUGGUGGCAGACAGUUGUCGGAGCGUGUUGGAUGUGAGGGCAUUGGUUGAAGACUGCCACAAGAAUGGAGCCGAGUCCUUGCAGCUGGAUGCGGCAACAGAGCUCUGUGGCAAAGUGGUGGAGAGUGCUCGCGUGGCUGCACGGAGACGUGAAGCUUUAGUGGCCGAGCAGGUGAAGCUGUCGGAGGAGCAGGUCUGUGACAUGCGCGGUUGCUUCGCAGAAAUGACCCACAGUGGGGUUAUCGGCCCGGAUGAUCUGCACUCCCUCUUGGUGGAACUCUUCCCGGACCACGAGAUUGAUGAUGCGUUUGUGCAAGAACUGCUGGAUCUAGCUUUACCUUCUGGGUAUUUCCAAUCAAGCAACAAAUCCACUACAUCGUCUAGUGCCCGGGCAAAGCCGACUGACAGCACCCCAAGCAAAAGCAAGACAUCUCAGGCACAACAAGAGGAUGAAGCAGCGGCUCAUCGAAAAGUGUCUUGGCUUGCCUUCAUUCGUCCACUGAUUCUCAGCUGUUGCGACAUGUGA